UCCUCCUCCUGGGCCCUCCCCCCUUCAGAUGCAGCUCUGGAUUUCUCUCCUCUAGAUGUUUAUGCGCCUUUGGAGAUUUUUUUAAGUGGAGAUUUAUUCUAAAUAAACCCUCUUUUCCCUCCUGGUUUCCUCUGUUUGGACCCUCGGAAGUCUGUGAUGAGCUGACCCGUUUCAUCUGGAACAGAAUCCCGCUGCUGCUGGUCGCUGAGGGACCAUGCAGACCCUGUACCGCCCUGCUGUCCUGCAGCUUUUUGGCUUCCUGAUCGGUCUGAGCUGCUCUCUGGACCCGAGAGACCCCAAUGUGUGCAGCCUGUGGGAGAGCUACACCACCUCAGUUAAAGAGUCCUACUCUCAUCCCUAUGACCAAGCAACGGAGGAGCCGUGUUCGGACCCUCGGACGUCCUACAGAUGCACACGCCACAGGAUCACCUACAAAACAGCGUACAGGCAAGCGGUGAAGACUGAAUAUCGCAGGAGGUACCAGUGCUGUCCCGGUUACUACGAGAGUGGAGACAAAUGUGUCCCUCACUGUACCAGCGAGUGUGUGCACGGCCGCUGCGUCGCUCCAGAUCGGUGCCAGUGUGAGAGAGGAUGGAGAGGCGUUGAUUGCUCCAGCGCCUGUGAUGACCGACACUGGGGCCCGGACUGCUUCAGGGACUGUAAAUGUGAGAACGGAGCUUUGUGUGACCCACUCAGCGGAGCGUGUCACUGUCUGUGGGGCUUCAUCGGACGCUUCUGUGAGGACUCCUGUCCAGCGGGAACGUUCGGGAAGGGCUGCAAGCAGACGUGCAAAUGCAAAAAUGGAGCGACCUGCGAUGCAGCGACUGGAGAGUGCACGUGUCAGGAGGGGUUCACCGGAACUUUCUGUGAGAGGACGUGUAACAAGAGGAAGUGCCAGGCCAGAUGUUCCUGUCAGAACACCGGCACCUGUAAGGGUAAAGGAGUCUGUGCCUGUUCAGCUGGAUGGACGGGUUCGGUGUGCACAGAGCCAUGUCCAGAGGGAAGGUUCGGACCAAACUGUACAGAAGAAUGUGUUUGUCACAACGCUGGUAAAUGUGACCCCGUAACUGGGCAGUGUCGGUGUAACCACGGUUUCACAGGAAGCAGGUGUACCGAGGAGUGUGCUGCAGGUACCUACGGUGAAGACUGUAAAGGUGUGUGUGACUGUGCCAACGGCGCGCGCUGCUUUAACAUCGACGGCAGCUGUCUGUGUGAGCCGGGCUUCAGCGGGCCGCACUGCAGGAACAGGAUGUGUUCAGCCGGGAGCUACGGCAUGCACUGUGAGCAGAAGUGUUUGUGUGAGGAGAAACACACACUCAGCUGCCACCCGAUGAAGGGGGAGUGCACAUGUCAGCCGGGCUGGGCCGGACUGUUCUGUAACGAAACCUGCACUCACGGUUUCUACGGCCACGGCUGCGUGGAACCAUGUCUGUGUGUGAACGGAGGAGUGUGUGACAGCGCCACUGGACGGUGCCAGUGCCCCCUGGGAUUUACGGGCGUUCACUGUGAGAAUUCGUGUAAAAGUGGCACCUACGGCAAGAACUGCUCCCUGGAGUGCUCCUGUGAAAACUUUAUCGACUGCUCAUCGGUUGACGGAACCUGCUUUUGCAAAGAAGGCUGGCGAGGUCCACACUGUUCUGAGCCCUGUGCUGAGGGGACCUGGGGUCCAGGGUGCAACUCCACCUGCCACUGCAGCAACGGGGCAACAUGUGACCCGGCAGACGGAGCCUGCAAAUGCUCCUCCGGCUGGCAGGGCGCGCGCUGCGACCAGCCGUGUCAGAUGGAUACGUUUGGACCCGGCUGCCUGAGGAGGUGUGAUUGUGUCCACGCCGCCGGCUGCCAGGGCACCACCGGGGAGUGCCACUGUCUGCCAGGUUGGACGGGUCCACGCUGCAGUGAUCCUUGUCCUGAGGGCCUGUGGGGGUCCAACUGUAACCAGACCUGUUCAGAGCGAUGCCCCAACAGUGACACAUGUUUAAGGAAGACCGGCGAGUGCGUGUGUCGUCCGGGCUACUGGGGCGCCACCUGCCAGAACAACUCCUCUGAGCAGGUGGGCAGCGUCAUGGUUCCUCUCCCCCCGGGUGAGAAGGAGUCAUGGGGGGCCAUCAGUGGCAUCGUGGUUCUGGUCCUCUUGGUGGUGCUGCUGCUGGCUCUGCUGCUGCUCUACCGGCGCCGGCAGAAGGACAAACAGAGCAACACGCCGACCGUCUCCUUCUCCACCAGCCGCACCGUCAACUCCGAAUACGCCGUUCCAGAUGUUCCUCACAGCUACCACCAUUACUACUCCAACCCCAGCUACCACACGCUGAGCCAGAACAGACCGCCGCUACCGCACCUCCCCAACAACCACGACCGCAUCGUCAAGAACACAAACAACCAGCUGUUCUGCAGUGUGAAGAACGCUGCGAGAGAACAACGCAGUUUGUUUGGAGUUGAGCCCAACGCCACUCUGCCAGCAGACUGGAAACACCACGAAGGUCGCAAAGCCUCAGGAGCUUUUGGCAUCGACAGGAGCUACAGCUACAGUGCCAGCCUCGGAAAAUAUUACAACAAAGAGCUGAAGGCGUCGCUGAGCAGCAGCUCUUUAAACAGCGAGAACCCGUACGCCACCAUCAAAGACCUGCCCGGGCCGCCCUUCUGCCCCCAGGAGAGCAGCUACAUGGAGAUGAAGUCGGCCGUGCCCAGGGAACGAGCUUACACCGAGAUCAGCCCGCCGCCAUUCAACAUGGCCGGCCUGCGCAGAGAGCGUCAGAGCUCCCUUGGCCACGCCCCGCACGAGGACCCCCACAGCCACUACGACCUCCCCGUAAACAGCCAUAUCCCGGGACACUACGACCUGCCUCCGGUCCGUCGGGCCCCCUCUCCCCGGACCUCCCCCAGGAGGAAACUCCAGUGAUGCUCGGAGCUGCAGGUCCUCCAGCAUCCAGGCUUUGGGGCUCUGUGAGAGUCUCAUUUUAGGGCAGCGCUGCCUCCCUGUGGACAUCACGUGGUACUGAUCUCACUCCAGACUGCGGAGACAGAAAGUGAUGAAGACAGGUGUGGACCCUUCACCUCCAUGAAAACCAUCUUACCUGCAGCUUUGGAUAAUUUAGCGUAACCUUGAUUUACCCAGAUGACACGGAGAUGAUUAUUCAGACAUUUUAAAAGAUGAAAACCAACAAAAGCUGCAGCCAUUUGCUCCAGAAUGUGGUUUAUUGCUGCUGGAUGAAAACUUUGUAAAUAUAGAGAUGAAUAUAACAGAUUCACAUGAAUGUAAAACAGCAGUUUUAACUGGUUUAUUGUUUCAGUUUGAACACAAACAGGACAUGAUGUGAAGGAACCACCAAGUUCCUCCAACCAAUCAGAUCAGACUUAGACUUUAAGACGUUCCAACAAAGAUUUCUUCAGUUGCCUAAAGGCCAGCGGAGCAUCAGCAGGGAAGAGGCGGUGAGUCGGCUGCAUUUACCGAUGUAUUAGCUCGUCGUAAAGCACGUUUGAAAAGAUAAGAUGUCCUGAAUGAAGAACACACCUGUUCAUCCCCAGGAUAUUUGAGACACUCCACAGGAGACGAGGAGGUGGAACGUUUUGUGCCUUCAGAACCACCUUAAUUCUUCAUGUCAUGGAUCCAAAUAGCCAUUUUAAAUGUUCUUCAAAGGUUCUACUAUAUCCUGACAUGACAGCAUCAGCUCCAUCCAUGAGAACCUCUAGCUCCUCCACAUCUCAAAGGUUCUAGACUGAGAUCUGGUGGCUGCGGAGAUCGUUGGGAGUCCAGUGAACUCAUGGUCCUGUUCUAGAAACCAUUAGAGAUAAUCUGAGUUUUAUAACCCAGUGCUUUAUCCUGCUGGGAGAUGGGUCCAUCUGGUCAUAAAGGGAUGGACAUGGUCAACAACAAGACUCAGGUAGGCGGUGGUGCUUAAACCAGGCUGAGGUAGUUCUUAGAGGUCCAAAGUAGGACCAGAACACCAUUACACCUGCAGCUGUAGUCUGAAUACAAGGCAGGAUGGAUCCAUGCUUUCGUGUCGGUGACACCUAAUUCUGACCAGACAGCUGAAAUCCAGACUCGGAGCCAGGAAAGGAGUCUCCAGUCUCCUCUGGUCCAGUUCUGGUGAUCCAGUGUGAACUGUAGCCUCAGGUUCCUGUUCUUAGCAGACAGGAGAGACACCAGGUGGUCUUCUGCUGCUGGAGUCCAUCUGGAGCAGCUGGUGAGCUUCUGCAGAGCUUGGUAGAGACCAGAGCUGAUCUGAGCUGCUGUUAUCAUUCCAUCAUCUAGACCAGGAGGGUCCUAUCCUGGUCCUGGAGAGCUGCCUGCUAUCCAGCAUGUUUUAGUUGUCCCUCUGCUCCAACACUCCUGAUUUUAAUCAGGUGAUUCAACCCCUGAACAAAGCGUUGGAGAAGAGAAACAACUAAAACAUGCUAGAUCGAGGAUCUAGAACCUGUCUGCGCACUAGAGGUGGUUGUUGGUAGAGAUCCCAGAUCGGACCAGCCGGUCUGGUACCAAAUGCCACAUCAUUCAAAGCUCCUUCAAUUUUCCACUUUUCCGAGGUGUUUAAACCGCACCACAUAUCUGAACCUUCAGUUUACCAGAACCCAGACUGAAUGUACAUUCAUAUGCUGUAAAUGUUACUCGUGUUUUUUUACUCUACAUACUUUGGUGUAUUUUGAAUGUAACGUGGACCGUGCGUGUGUGUAUAAUGCAAAUAAAAGUGUCUGUGACAUCA